AUGGAGAUCACAGGUACUACCAACGAUGUUCUGCCGACGGCCGCAGCUGUCGUAGCGACGGAGGAGCUUCCGGUGGCUGCCGUUGAACAGGCGGAGGUGAUGAAGCCGUCGCCAGAGGCAGAGGCGGAGGCAGAGGCCACCUCCAAGGAGGAGGCACCGCCGCCGCCUGACAAAACCGGUAACGGCGACAGCAGCAACAAGGAAGCCCCAGUUGCAGCCGUCCCCAUUUCCCAAAUCGCCAAGGGAAAGAGGACCAAGCGGCAGCGAGUUCAAUCUCCGGUCGCCAACAGCUUCGCCGUCGCCACCGCCCCUGCCGCCAGUGCCAAUUCCUCCAUCGGGGAGGACGAUUUCGAGGACGCCGCCGCCGACGACGACGAGGAUUACAAUUUCGACGAUGAAGACGUGGAAGACGACGACGACGACGACGAGGAGAUUAUGGUGGUCGAGAAUUCAAGAACGUCGACAUUCGUCCCACCGCCGCCGGCGGCGGCCGGGAACACCAAGGAGGAGGAGGACAUGGCGAACUGCCUGAUCCUCCUGGCGCAGGGCCAUUCCGUCAUUUCCAAAAACAACAUCACCGUCAUUUCUUCCUCCCCCACCACCGCCACCAACGGCGGAGGAGGAGGGAAAUUCACCAGCAGGAGGUUCAUGGAGACGUCCCCUGCUGGCGGAGGCGGCGGCGGGAGGGCAGGGUACUACGUGUACGAAUGCCGGACGUGCAGCAGGACGUUCCCGUCUUUCCAGGCGCUCGGCGGGCACCGGGCCAGCCACAAGAAGCCCAAGAACAACGUCAACAACAUGAUGCUGACGAGGACGAACAUGUCCUCCGACGAGGAAGACAACCUCAGGGACAUGAAUUCUUCUCUCAACCUUCAAUUGAACAGCGGCGGAAACAGGGGAAGCGGCUAUUACAACACCAACAGCAGCAACGCCGCCGCCAGCACAUCGUCGAUGUUCGGAAAUAAUCACAAGGGGAACAGCAGCAAGGUGCACGAGUGCGGGAUUUGCGGGGCGGAGUUCAAUUCCGGCCAGGCGCUGGGUGGACACAUGAGGAGGCACCGGGCCCCUGUUGUCGGCGCUUCUUCUUCCCCUGCAGCCGCCGCGGCAAGUGCGGCGACGAGUUUGUCGUUGGGGAACAACAAUUACAAUUACAAUUACAAUAACAAUAGCGGCAGCAAGAAGAACGUGGGGGAAACAACGGUGACGGGGAAGAGAGGGAGGGAUGGGAGCAGUUUGAGUAUGUCGUUGGACUUGGAUCUCAAUCUGCCGGCGCCGGAGGAAAAGCAGCCGCAGCUGCAAUUGAUGCCAUUUGCUUCCCAGCAGCAGCAGCCGCCGCAGAAGAAACCCACUCUGGUGUUUCCCAGCCCUGCUUUGGUGGAUUGCCAUUACUAA